CAAAGCAAAAGCCCAACGAGGAAGAGGAAAGCAAAGGCUUCAAUAUUCUCUGCGUAGUAGUACGCCGGAAAAAAAUGACGACUGGACUUGGAAAAUGGAGCAAAAUUCGACACAUUGUGAGGCUCCAACAAAUGAUGCGGCGGUGGAGGAACAAGGCUCGCAUGUCGGCCAGCCGAAUCCCGUCCGAUGUCCCGUCGGGACACGUGGCUGUCUGCGUGGGGACGAGUUGCAGGAGAUUCGUUGUGCGCGCAACGUACCUGAACCAUCCCAUCUUUAAGAAACUCCUUACCCAAGCCGAGGAAGCGUACGGAUUCAGUAACGGGGGCCCAUUGGCGAUCCCUUGCGACGAGAGCUUUUUCGAAGAAGUGAUCCGGGUUAUUUCCCGGUCGGAGUCGGGUCAUUCCGCCAAGUUCCUCAACAUUGAGGACUUUAAAGGCAACUGCCUCGUGGGGAUGAAGAGUAAGCUUGAUUUGUGGACCGAAUCUCGACCGUUACUUCAUGGGUUCUCUGAGAAAACAAUAUGGUAAAUAAACAAACAGUUGAAAAA